AUGUCCCGCAAUGACCAGCUCAACUGGCUGUGGAUGGAAUCCACUGCACUUUUCCCUUCUAUUUACAUGGGUCCUGUUCUGCGUUCAACCAAACAUGGCAGGCUUUUUGUGCGAAACAGAGUGAAAGAGGCUAUUCGCGUAGCAUCUGUUGGAAAGGGUGUUACACGGCCUGUUUUUGUUUACACCCGACCCACCUACAUCGGUCAGACAACACCUCUUUCUGAGUGGGAGCGGCGCUGUCAACAGAUCACCACCAGGUUAGCCCUCUGUCAGACGGAUUGUCAACUCACACCUCAGAUGGACCUAAUCUCAACCAUUGGUGAAAGCGUGGCUCUGGGAGCAGCUGGUGUAAUAUUCUGGGGAGACACAUCUUAUGCAAGCAGUCCUUCCAGCUGCUCUAAUCUAAACGAAUAUCUCAUGGGCUCAUUGGGAAGUUACCUUCUGAACGUGUCGACAGCAGCAGAAGUGUGCAGCGAGAGCCUGUGUAAGUCCCGCGGUCGCUGCCUUCGUAAAAGGCCUGAUCAGGACGUGUAUCUUCAUCUCGACUCCUCAAGCCACAGUAUCAUCAGCCUAAGCGGCCAGUUAAAGUUUGUCGUUGAAGACCGCAGGAGCCAUGACGGAGGACACCACUGCCAUUUCUCUGUCACAGUAACCCGGCUUAGCUUCAAUACUAUUAUAUAUCCCAGAAGUCUUGCAAUGAAUUUCCUGCGUAAUCGACUUGUUGUUCUGGGAUUGGUUUUGCUGGCCACACUGCUGCUGUAUUUGCUGCUGCCAGCCAUUCGCCAAGGCAGCAUGGAACCUUCACUGGACGCUCAGAAGACUUCGGCCACCUCUCCUCCUCUUGUUGCCAGCGUCAAUGUCUCUAUUCGCACUGGACAGCUCCCUGGAGACCCCCCUCUGUUCUUUAGAGAGGCAUUACCUGUCGAUGCUGCUGGUCGGCAGAUGUUACCAAGGUUACAGAUUGUCAUGCUGCAUGGCCAAGCCUUCACAUCCAAAACAUGGGAAGAACUGGGAACCAUGUCAAUACUAGCUACUCAUGGAUAUCAGACUCUAGCUGUGGAUCUGCCAGGUUACGGAAAAUCGCCAGAUUCCGAGUCCCUAAAGACAGACCAGAGCCGCGUGGAUCUUCUCUCUCGGUUCAUGGAGUCUUUGGGGAUCAGGUACGCGGUGCUCGUCAGCCCUUCCAUGAGCGGACAUUACUCGAUCCCGUUCCUCAUGAAGAACAGCGCAAAGUUACAAGCAUUUAUCCCCAUAGCACCUGUUGGGACCAGAAGUUACACUCCUCAGCAGUACCAAAAUGUUCAGACUCCCACUCUGAUUGUCUUUGGGGCUUUGGACACUAACCUGGGUGCACAAUCGCACAAAAACCUGCUGCAGCUUCCACAUGCCUCUGUGCUCAAGCUGGAAGGAGCGCGUCACGCCUGUUACAUGGACAAGCCCAAAGAGUUUCACCACGGACUGAUCAACUUCCUCAGAAAUGUUUAA